AUGCCCGUUUCAUCACUCGCAGCCAAGAGACGGUCGGCACGCAACUCGUAUCCUUUCCAAUUGGCCCUCGCAACCAUCCUCGCCUUCUUUGCCGCCCUCUCCUGGCACCUCUACACAACACAGCGUCCUUCCUUCGCCGCCAGCAUGACGUCGCAGAACGAGGGCAAGCCUAGCACAUUUACCUACGUCCCGCCGGUCGGUGGCGAGACACCGGGCCGCCAGCAGCAGCAGCACACCAUUGCGACCGACUCGAGCCUCCAUGUCGCAAUCGACGCGCAGGCCGGCGCCGACGGAACCCUCCGGGGUACCAUGCCGCUGCGUCUCGUCUCGUACAACGUGCGCAACGCCAACCCGUUCCCCGUGACGGGCGAGCAGCCGUGGCGGGUCCGCAGCCCGAAGUUGUGCACGCAGCUGCGCUUCGUCACCGAGGCGCACGACAAUGCGUUUCUGUGCCUGCAGGAGUGCUUCUACUCGCAGGUCAAGGACAUUGACUCGCGGCUGGGGCCGGAGUGGGCGUGGAUCGGCCGCGGACGCGACGCGCGCGAGACAGACGGCGAGUUCUCGCCCAUCUACUACCGGCCGGCCGUGUGGGAGUGCACGCACAGCGAGACGCGGUGGCUGAGCGAGACGCCGCGCAAGCCCUCGCGCGGCUGGGACGCGGCGCUGAACCGCAUCGUCACGAUUGGCGAGUUUACGCACCGCGCGCGCGGGACCAAGGUCGUCGUCAUGAGCACGCACUUUGACCACAUUGGCGUCAAGGCCCGCGAGAACAGCGCGCGCCUGCUCAUCUCCAUCGGCAAGGAGUGGAGCGGCCGCUCGGAGCUCGCGGCCGUGCUGAUUGGCGGCGACUUCAACAGCACCCCCGACGACGGCGCGUACAAGAUGAUGGUGGCCGAGGGGUCGGGCAUGUCCGACGUCUCGGACCUGGUGCCGGCGGAGAGGCGCUACGGGAACCACCUGACGUACACGAGCUUUGGCGAGGCGGGCGAGUGGCCGCAGCGCAUCGACUUUCUGUUCAUCCAGGAGCCGCGCAAGGCCGCCGUCAAGUCGUUUGGCGUCUUGGCCAACAGCUUCGACGACAAUGUGCGCAUCUCGGAUCACCGGCCCGUGGUGGCGGACAUGGAUAUCCCGAUUUAG